ACUUCGCGCUUGCGCAUAUCUAAACAGAUUGGUCAAUCUUUGAAGAGCUAACAGCUAUCCACAAUCGUUGGUCAAAAUGCUUGGGAAACUCAUCGGCCAGAAGUAUGUGUCCAUCGCCAAAACAUGGUUGCCGACCAUGGCUUUGUGGGGUUCAGUUGGAGGAGUAGCAUUGGUUCAUUUCACAGAUUGGAGGUUGAUAUUAGACUAUGUGCCAUACAUCAGCGGCAAGUUCAAGAAGGACGAGUAACUGCAGUAGAUGCAUUGAAGGUCUGUUUUGUGCUGAUUGGAAGAUGACCCGAUGGAGAUGAGGAGCUGAGUGACAUCUGACACCUUGACAUGUCUCCACACCAGGAGCAAAUACAUCCUUCAGCCUUUUCAAUUAAUACCAAUGGACAAUUCAACCUGACUGACAUCUUUAAAUCAACUGCAUUGUGCAUUCCUCUAUGAUGAAAGCACUUGGCCAAGCAGUAACAUAGAUAAAGAAGUGUAUGUAUUAUGAUAAAUUCACAUUUAUUAUGUACUGUUUUUUAUUUAUUUACUUUUGUUUUAAUUUCUUUGAUCUUGAAUUCGUUUUCUGUGAUCAACAACUCCUCUGUCUUAGAUAACUUUAAUUAUACAAUCUUUGUCACUGCUUACUGAUGUAAUUUGCUGAAUUUGGUCCAUCAAUGAGAGAGAAGGUAGAAUUAUUAUAUUACUUGGGUCCUGAGGUCUCUUACAAUCAGAAAUCAUUAAGUACUAUAGUCUUGGAUAAUUUAUUCAUCUAUUAUGCUUUUCACCUCACCUGUAUGACAAGGGUUAGGGUUAAGGUAUGACAAAUGUCAACACAGUUGUCUGGGCUUUUUUCUUGGAGCUCCUGUGUCCAACUAAUGAUAUUGUUCUAAUAAAAACUCGAACGGAACUACAAUCGGAA